AUGGACUUUGAUCCCGUUCCAAUGACCUUGAAGUUGUUCGAUGAAGAUCCUAUGACGGAUAUAAACAACGUAACCCAAUUUUAUGAACUAAUAAAAUCAACCUAUGAAACUUUAGAUGACAUCAGUUAUGUCAUGUCUGAUGUAGAAAUAUUUCUAAACUGUUUAGUUAUACUAUUCGAUUUGUAUUUGAUUGUAAUCAUUUUGAGAAAAGAGGAGUUGAAACCCAAAUUUUACCAGUAUGUUCUUCAUUAUUGUGUACACCAAAUUGGGUUUUUGUUUUCUGCUUCCCUAUUUUUUAAAAUGAUGAUUCUAAGUAAAUUUAUCAUUUAUAUUCGCGCAAAUGUUUACGUAGUUAUAUUAAAAUUAAAACUAUUUACUUUUGUAUUUAUGUAUAUGUUUCCAGUCGGUAUUGGAAUUGAAUGGUUAUGCUUUGUAAAUAAUCCAAAUUUGGGACAUAAAUCCAAGCUAAUACAUGAUUAUUCAAUAACAAUUUUGUACUUAAUAGGAUGUUGUUUAUUUCUAAUAAUAUAUUAUUUAAGAUAUUAUACGUAUUAUAUAUGGCUUGAGUACAUAUUUACAAAAAUAGUAUACUUCUUAAUACUAUUAUUUAUAACAGUAUGUAAGUAUUUGCAAUAUAGACAAAAUCAGGGAAAUAAUAAAAAUAGUUACAUGCUAACCACAGCUGGUAUUCUAGUUUACUUUUGGUUACCUGAACAAAUUUAUAACGAAUUACUGGGUUGGACUUACGGUUCUUAUACUUUGUACACCAUUACCUUGUAUACCAUGAUUUUACCAAAAUGGUUGGCUUACAGUAUCCCCAUUGCUUUAGUUGUUGUACUGAAAAAAAGCGACAAACGUUUUGCAUCAGCUCUAUCAAGAAAAAAUGUUAAAAAUGCUGAUAAUAAUUUUCAAGAUGACGUUGAAUGUAAUAUUAAUGUAAUUUCUGAUAGAAAUGUAUUUAAAAUGUAA